GCCAUCUCCAAAGCGGCGGUUUACCGGAGGCGGUUCCCUUAGUGUCAGUGGUAACUUGAAUCCGUGGCGAACCGCUAUCGAUACUAGGCCUGUGCAGUCUCAGCAGGAGUGGGACCCUGAGGCUUGAGAAACAGGCUUUUCUUUGGUCCGGGACUCCCCGGCGUCCAGCGCUUCCCCCCCAUAACCGGACACCAAUUAUUCGGACUCUUUGCCUCAGACCCAGGAAUCAUAGAUGCCAGGAAGUAUGGCCCCCCUCAAGAAGCCUCGAAAUACCACAGAGUUGCCCCUGGCUUUAAACCCCCUGAAGAGCAAGGACGUGUUGGCAGUGCUGGCUGAGAGGAACCAGGCUAUAGUACCCGUUGGGGCAUGGGUGGAGCCUGCCCCGCCGGAUAGUUCAGCAGUCCCGGCAUCUACUUCAGCAUAUUUGAUUGAAGAAGAGCUAAAGGAACAGCUAAGAAAGAAACAAGAAGCUCUGAAGCGUUUUCAGAGACAAGUCAAACGCCGAGUAAAUCAGCAAAUUAGGCUGAGAAAAAAGCAACAACUUCAGAGGUCUUAUGAAGCUGCAGAAAAAGAAGGCUCUAUAGCCAUGCACUCUUCUGAUCCAGCAUACUUAACUCUUAAAAGAACGAGUGUUUUUCCAAACCAUUUGAAUGCUGCUAUUGGAAGUGCUAGGUUACCUCCUACCCAGAAGCUUGAGGAUGGAAUAGAAGAUAGAGAGAAUCAGAAUGAACUAUUCCAACAACAAGCCCAGGCUCUUAGUCAAACCAUGAAAGAAGCACGUCAACGGCUGGCAUCAUUUAAAACUGUGAAUAAAAAAAAUGCAUCGGUGUUUCCAGAUGAUCGAAAGAAAAACUUUCCCACCCAAGAGGAACCUGACACUGAGCAAUCUUCAUCUAUUAUGAUAGAUAAGAAAGGGAAAAAGAAUUUGUCUUGGGGGGACCAGCAGGAUCUCCUUUUUGAAGACAAGGAUAUACCUUUCAGCACAGUUCAGAAAGUACAAUUCAAAAAUCCAUUAUUUGCUGUGAUGGAAGAGGAAGAGGUAAAGCAGUUACAUCAGGAUGUUCUGCCAGAAGCCCAGGAUUAUCUUCCAGAAGCCCAAGGUGACCUGCUGCAAACCCAGGGUGAUUUGACAGGUGUCUGCAGUGUUGAGCUGGAAGCCCAGAGCGUUGAGCUGAGGCUCAGUGCCGAGGAUAUCGAGCUGGAAGGCCAAGCUGUUGAGCCCAAAGCCCAGGCUGUUAAGACCAAAACUCAGAGUGUUAUGCUGAAAGAUCAGAGUGUUGAACUAGAAGAUGGGAAUAUUGUUUUGGAAGGCCAAGCUUUUGAGCCCAAAGCCCAGGCUGUUAAGACCAAAACUCAGAGUGUUAUGCUGAAAGAUCAGAAUGUUGAACUAGAAGAUGGGAAUAUUGUUUUGGAAGUCCAAGAUUUUCUACUCCAAAACCAGGCUUUUCUACCCACAGACCAGCAUAUUCUUCCCAAAGACCAGAAUGUUCUACCCAAAUGUCAGGACCAGGAUUUUCUACCCACAGACCAGCAUGUUCUUCCCAAAGACCAGAAUGUUCAACCCAAAUGCCAGGACCAGGAUUUUCUACCCAGAGAUCAGAAAGCAAAUUUGAAGCCGCCAGCAUCAAUUUUGAUAGGUAGGAGUGGGGGAGAGGUGUUUCCUCUGGAUGUCCAUCAGGAUCUUCUACACAGGCAUCAAGAUCAGGCCUUCAUCAACAGCAAGAAGGUACGCUUCAAGGAGUCAUAUUGUGAUAUGACAAAUGAGAAAGGGAGAGAAGACUUUCCUCUGGCAGGUUAUCAGUAUCUGCCUCCUAAACUUCAGGACCAGGCCUUCAUCAGAGAUCAGAACAAGUGUAUCAAGCAGCCCUCAUCUUUUGAGAAAUGGGAGAUUGAAAGAGGAGUUGCUUCUGGAGUGCCAUCGGUAUGUUUCACCUGGUAUUCAAGACCUAGCCUCUCCCAGAGAAUAAGUAAAGCAGAAUAUAGUGAGAAGAACUAUGGGCAGGCCUCACAUAAUAUGACAGAUGAGAGAUGGAGAAUGGAGUUAUUUCUGGAGCAUCAUGAAUAUGUUUUACAUGAAAUCCAGGAUCCAGGCUCCACCAGAGAGCAGAGCUUACGCUCCAUACAGCAACCGUCUGUUGGAAUAGCUGAAAGACAGCGAGCAGGUUUGCUUCCGGCCGGCCAUCAACAUCUUCCACCCAAGCACCAGAGAGAGGCUUCCAGCAGCAGACAGGUUGGUGGUGAAUAUCAAUCAGGAUUGAACACUGAAUUCCAAACUCCACUGGCACUUCAGUCAGGAGUAAGUCAAGAGGAAGACAAGAAAGAGCGUCAAAAGCAGUACCUGAGAUAUAGACGACUCUUCAUGGAUAUUGAAAGAGAACAAGUGAAAGAACAACAAAGGCAAAAAGAACAAAGGAAGAAAAUUGAAAAAAUUAAGAAAAAGAAAGAGCAGCAACGUUAUGCUGAAGAGCAGAGGAUAUUAAGAAUGAACUUUUGUGAAGAGCCAUAUUCAGGGGAGAAGAUGAGUGAGAUACUAGCCCAGCUACAACUUGAGGAAGUAAAAGGAGCCAGAGAAAAACAACAGAAAGUAAAGGAAUACCAAAGAUAUGUAGAAGCUUUAAAAGCCCAGAUCCAGGAGAAAAUGCAGCUGUAUAAUAUUACUUUACCUCCACUAUGCUGCUGUGGUCCUGAUUUUUGGGAUGCUCAUCCUGAUACCUGUGCCAACAAUUGUAUUUUCUAUAAAAACCACAAAGCAUAUACCCGGGCACUACAUUCAGUCAUCAAUUCCUGUGAUAUCCCUGAAGGGAACUCAACUCUUCGAGUCGCCAUUCAUAAUUUUGCUUCUGCACACAGACGGACUUUGAAAAAUCUGUAAUAAGAAUCUGAAAUCAACUGUUAGUAUUUCAACCUUCACUUAAAGUCAACCCUGAGAGAUUAUUUAUGAAAAGAUGUUAAAGUUUAUAAGAUGUGUAAUCUGAAAAGAAAGACUGUCUCACAUAAUAACAGCUAUCACUAUAAUUAGAUCAUGACCAUUGUUUCACUCUGCUUGGCACCAAGAUUGAAAGUUGGCUUCCAAACUUGUCUCUUUGCUGUAAACCACAUGGAGCAUGUUGCUUUAAAAAUGAUCAGUCAGACUGGUAAGGUUUCUCUCACUUUGCUCUGCUCUGAUCAGAAGAGAUUAUUAGAAAUCUUUGAGAUUAUCUCAUUUAUUGUCUUUCUGUAUCUGUACUUUGAGUCUUCUAUAUCUGUACUUUGAGUCUAUCUGUACUUUGAGCCUUGACAAAAUUGAAAAUGUCUGGAUGAAGCAGAAGAGAAGAUGAUAAAAUGAGUUUCUGAGCCUCAGUGGCCAUCUGUUUUGCUGUUAACUUUUCUAGUUGUGUAUAACAAUUAGAGAUGAGAACAAUCUGAA